UCCCUGCCAGCCUGUCUGGACUUGACCCAAAGGACAUUGUGGCAGUGCUGAAUGAGGAGGGAGGCUACCAUCAGAUCGGACCAGCAGGGCGCUGUACCGACUUCUUCAUCAUGUCAGUGACCAUAGCAUUCGCCACCCAGUUGGAGCAGUUAAUUCCAUGUACCAUGAAACUUCCAGAAAGACAGCCUGAGUUUUUCUUUUAUUAUUCUUUACUGGGAAAUGAUGUUACAAAUGAACCCUUCAAUGAUUUGAUCAACCCAAACUUUGAGCCAGAGAGAGCAUCUGUUCGUAUCCGGAGCAGUGUAGAAAUUCUUCGUGUUUACCUGACUCUUCAUUCUAAACUACAGAUCCAUCUCUGCUGUGGAGAUCAGUCACUUGGAAGUACAGAAAUACCCUUAACCGGACUACUGAAAAAGGGUAGUACAGAAAUCAACCAUCGUCCAGUCACAGUUGAGGGUGCUUUUAUUCUUGACCCUCCAAACCGAGCCAAACAAAAGCUUGCGCCUAUUCCUGUGGAGUUGGCCCCCACGGUGGGAGUGUCUGUGGCUCUGCAGAGAGAAGGCGUGGACGCCCAGUCUUUAAUUGAAUUAAAGACCCAGAAUGAACAUGAGCCACACCAUUCAAAGAAGAGAGUUUUAACCCCCAUAAAGGAGAAGGCACAUACCGGGCCGCAGUCACCAAGCGGGUCCCCUGCUCCACCUCACAACCAGUCACCUCCAACCAAAGACGAUGCGACAGAAAGUGAAGUGGAAAGCUUACUGUAUGAUAAGGACACAAAACUUAAUCCAAAGGCUGUCAGUUCUUCUGUACCUGCAAUACUGGCCCAACCAGUGACAGCAUCUGUUGCUUCAGAAAUAGCCUCAGGACAGAAGAUUGCUGUUCCUGCAACAUCACAUCAUUUUUGCUUUUCGAUAGACUUGAGGAGUAUCCAUGAUUUGGAGGUUGGCUUUCCAAUCAACUGUAUACUAAGGUACUCAUAUCCUUUCUUUGGAAGUGCAGCUCCUAUUAUGACUAACCCUCCUGUAGAAGUUCGGAAAAACAUGGAGGUUUUUCUUCCCCAAUCUUACUGUGCAUUCGAUUUUGCAACUUUGCCUCAUCAACUCCAGGAUACCUUCCAAAGGAUUCCAUUGCUGGUUGAAUUAUGGCACAAGGAUAAAAUGAGUAAAGAUUUACUUCUGGGAAUCGCCAGAAUCCAACUUUCUAACGUCUUGUCUUCAGAAAAAACUCGCUUUUUAGGUUCUAAUGGUGAACAGUGUUGGCGACAAACUUACAGUGAAAGUGUGCCUAUUAUUGCAACCCAAGGGUCAAAUAACAGGAUAGUAGAUCUUUCUUACACAGUGACUUUAGAGGAUUACGGACUAGUGAAGAUGCGUGAGAUUUUUGUCUCUGAUUCAUCUCAGGGUUUAUCUGCUGUACAACAAAAGCCAUCUUCUGUUCCUCCAGCACCCUGUCCUUCAGAAAUCCAGACAGAGCCUCGUGAAACCUUAGAAUACAAAGCAGCACUUGAGCUAGAAAUGUGGAAAGAGAUGCAAGAAGACAUUUUUGAAAAUCAGCUAAAGCAGAAAGAACUGGCUCAUAUGCAAGCUCUUGCUGAGGAAUGGAAGAAAAGAGACCGAGAGAGAGAGUCACUAGUAAACAAAAAGGUGGCUGAAUAUACUAUUCUCGAAGGAAAACUUCAAAAAACUCUAAUUGACUUGGAGAAGCGAGAGCAGCAGCUUGCCAUUGCUGAAUCAGAGCUUAAUGAUGCUGAAAAUAAGUAUAAGACUUUAGAAAAAGAGUUCCAUCAGUUCAAAGAUCAGCAAAGCAGCAAACCAGAAAUUCGACUACAGUCUGAAAUAAAUCUUCUCACUUUGGAAAAGGUUGAACUUGAAAGAAAGUUGGAAUCCGCAACCAAGUCUAAACUGCAUUACAAGCAGCAGUGGGGACGAGCUUUGAAAGAACUUGCCAGACUUAAACAGCGAGAGCAAGAAAGUCAAAUGGCUCGUCUCAAAAAACAGCAGGAAGAAUUGGAACAGAUGAGACUCCGUUACCUGGCCGCUGAGGAAAAAGAUACAGUAAAAACUGAGAGACAAGAAUUGUUGGAUAUAAGAAAUGAACUGAACAGGUUAAGGCAACAAGAACAAAAACAGUACCCGGAUUCCAGAGAGAUUGCAAGUGGAAAAAUGGAUGGCCCCCAUGGCAGUGCAUUGGAAGAAGGUCUGGAUGAUUAUUUGACUCGCCUAAUAGAAGAAAGGGAUACUUUGAUGAGGACGGGUGUGUAUAAUCACGAGGAUCGAAUUAUAAGUGAACUCGACCGACAGAUCAGAGAGGUUUUGGCAAAAAACAAUGCCAGUAACUAGUAACAUUUUGAAAAACUUUGCCUGAGACUCCGGGUCUAAAUUUUAAUUGUAAAGCCCUCAAAAGAAGGGAAAAUGGCUGUUUUAAAAUGCAAUUUUCAAUUUUUUAUAAGCAGAAUUUUGUAUGUUAUUGUAUAGUAUUUAUUUGGUUUUAUUUGCUGUGUGCUACCUCUCCCACCCUGGUUUAUUUGUAAUUGCAUUUUAUAUACUCAUUUUUUAAAGCCGUCAGUGUUCAUUAUUUCAUGACUAACUUUCAAAACAGUUUUUCUCUAAAUUUGUUCUCAGAGAAAUGACUGUACUAAUUUCCAGUUAUAUAAUUUUUAUGAUGAGCCAAAAGAGUUAUAUGUUGCACUUUAAAAAUGCUGUUCAUUUGAAGAGAUAUCUUAAAAGUUGAUACCACUUAAAAAUCCAACUAGUUUUAUUAAAUUCUUUUUAGAUUACCUUUUUUUAACUUGAAACAUUUGCAGAGAAGUCAUAUGUGAUCUAUUGAGUGACAAAUUAGUCAUUUUUUUAAAAUAAAGUUAAUACAGAUUAAACUUGUUUCAAUAGCUAUUAAAUUUUCAAACUUUUAAGAAUAUGAAUAGCUUAAUAAGUCUCUGUCAGUCUCCUGCUGAAGAUUGCAUUGUUUUCUUUUGUUGAAAAGAGAUUUCAUUGUCCAGUAAUAGUAAUACUAGUUGUAAACCCUCUGUAAUAAAACAUGAAAGCAGACGCAUAAACGCUUCAGCUAAGAAAGUAGAGUGGAAACCCAUUUUUGAUUUUCCCUAGUUUUAAUCAAUCUUUUACAAAAGUACAAGAGACUAAGUCAUUGUGUCGAUGUAGUGCCAUGUCAAUAUAAAUUUUUAAGGAUUCCUUUAUGUAAGAUUGUUCAGAGCAACACUUUCACUUCCUUUUACCAGGUACUGAAAAGGUUUAAUUAGCAAAUUCACAGAUUAAGUCAGCUUUGCAAUAGAUGUAGUUUAAAAUUUCUUAUUCCCAAAUAUAAUAAAUUUAAGUAUAUACUUUAGGAAGUAUAUACUAUUUACUGAUAACGUCCACAAAAGCAGAAUAGGCUAUUUUCUGUCGUUUUCAAGGAGGUGUAUUUCUUGUUUGGGAAAUUAAAGUCCCUCCAUGCUUUAUAUUUUCUUUUUUUCCCCUUAUUACCAAGUGUUAACCCAAAAAAACCCAACAGUAAAUACAGAAAUUACUGAAUGAGAGAAUAAUGAAUGUGAGAAUUAUAGAAAGAAUGUGAAAUAUUAAUUAUGGCUGAACAUUUUCUCUCAUUGAUUUUUGUGCCACAUGAACAGAGUAUUCUUUUCGUUUGGGAAGGUCUCGGGUAAAAUAUCGUGACUGUGCCUUCAGCUGCCUUGUGUGCUGCAUGUGAUGUUUUCAAACACUAGAGGGGGCCUCAGAUUUAAAGAAACAAAAGGGACAGUCCUAAAAUGGAUGUGUGGUUUGCCUUCUCUAAUCUUUUGGCUAUGUAUUUUAUCAAAUAAAAAUCAUAAUUGUAUACA